CACCAAAAAAUAUACCCCAUUUGUACACCACAGGUUUGCACAAACAUUUCGAUGGUUUACACCGACACAAGUGUUGAUCUGGAGUUGGUCUCAGUUUUGCUUAAUUAUCCGAUCUCUAAUUUCUUUUGUAGUUUUGAUCCAGAUGAUGAGUCAAUUCUCAGAGGAUCUGUAAAAGUUGUGCAUCCCCAACGAGUUUCAUCUUCGAUUUGAUUCUCAUGCACACAGUGUGUUUUAUGCUGAUUUUUAAUGUAUUGUUUUUCCUCCUUCUUUCUCCCUAUUUCAUUUAUUGUUUUCUUUCAACAAUUUCCUUUUUUCCUCGAUCUUUUUUGUUGUUUUAUCCCAUUAGAUCCAUUCCAGGAUCGGAGAUUAUAUCGAUGGGAUCACUUCAGAUUCCUUUUACGUUUUUGCUUAUUAUUUGAUCUAUUGUUUCUUUUUUAGUUUCGAUCCGUAUGAUGAGUCAUCUGAGUGGAUCUGUAAAAGUUGUGCAUCCACAACGAGUUUCGUCUUUGAUUUCUUCUCGUGUAUACCGUGUGUUUUUUGCUCAUUUUUUGUGUGGCUAUGGGUUCAUUGUCUUUCUUUCUAUUUAAAUUAAAUUAUUGUGCAUGGUUAAUUGGAUCUUUCCCUUUUUUUCAAAGAAUACAUACUACGGGCCCAGCCCCCAAGGCCCACUCUAGAGGCCGAACGAAUUGGACCAAUAUGUCGAGACCGAAUCCUAACCGAUAGGAUUUCGGAUCGGUCUUCGGUCCGAACUAUUUCUAAUUUCGGGUUUCGGUUACCCGCAUCCCAAUCGGUCUUGACCUAAAACGACCGAUAAACCCUUAAUCUAAUUUUAUACGGAUUUUCUUGCAUUCAAAAGACUCCACUCAAUAGCCAUAAGCUUAACCUUAUCCAGCCUAUCCGUGAUUCUCAGUUUCUCAUUUUUCGAGAGCCUGAGAGGGAUUCGCCGAGAGCUUUCGCCGUCUCGCCUUCGCUGUCUUGCAGAGUGCCACCCUUCGCCAUCUGCGGCGUCCCGCCUUCGCCGUCUCGGAGAGCCGAAUCCCUUGAACCGAAUUAAAUCAGGUCCGGUUUCUUCUUGUUAAAUUAUUUCCAUGUUAUUUGUAUGACUUAGCCCAAUUGUAUAUUUCUUAGAUUUUGUUUCCAAAUGAGAUUUGAAACUUUUAAAAUUGGCUAAGGUAUUCAAGAAAAUCUGAUUGUCAAUUGUAAAAAAAACAGCAAUAUCAAUUGUUUAAAAAAACAAUUUAAAUCGUUUAAAAAAACAGCAAUGUCAAAUGUUAAAAAAAGACUUGAGAGUUCUAUGAUGAGUGAUUAGUGAUGUUGGUGACUGCUGAGUGGCGAUUACUGUAAAAAAAUUCGGUCUAAUCGGUUUCUUUCGGUUCUGUCCAAGAGAUUUUGCUCUGAACUGGUCCAAGACCGAUUGAGAAUAGGUCCUGGUCCUAUGUUUUUUCGAUUUUGUUUCGGUCCGGUCUUGGACUGAUAAACACCCCCAUUUGUGAUAUUUUUGUCAUUCGAUUUUUGAUAUUUUGCUGAAAAUGUUCCAAGAUGUAUUUGUUUUUGCUUGCACAACAUUCGUUUGCAGGGUAGGAAAAGGGUUUAAACUUUUCAAUUAUUUUUUUAGGGUUUUUUUGUUUUCCUUCAAAUCUAGUUGUUCUUUGAUACUGUUAUAUGUGCUUGCUGAUUUAUUUUCAAAAAUGUAUCAUUUUAGAUGUAGAACAAUGGCACCAAAGAAAUCUAAGAAAAAAGAAGAGCUUGAUGAAGAACAUUUUAGACUUAUUGAUUAUGCUGAUAUACAACCGCAUCACAAAUGGAAGUUCGAUCUGAAUUCAUCGCGCCUUACACCUGAUGUUCGGUUUAAUGAGGUCAUAAACUUUUUGCGCAGUAAUUGUGGGAAGCUUUGUGUGGGUGAUAUAUUAGAAACUAAGAGGGGAGAGUAUAGGCAUCCCCUCUUAGAGGUGGAGAUCGUAUAUAAAAAUUUAAGGACCAAACUACUAAUUUCUAGAUGUGAUGUUUACAUUGUUGGCUACCAUUUUAGAAAUCAAUGGUAUGCACUCAAAGGAGCAGGUUUUAGACUUAAGGGGUCUGUGGUUUUGGAAAAUUCCUUUACACGUUAUCAAAAAGCUAUUACUAAAAAGUUAGGUGUUGGAAGUUUGAAAAAAGCGCUGGAGGAUAUAAAUAAGGAGGAAGAAGACGAAAGGAAGGUUGGCUUGGAGUCUUUUUUCGUACAUUUAUCUGAAUCCGUGCGGUUUUACCCAGUCCAAAGCCAGGUUUUGAAAGGUAUGAUGAGUUUGGAAGACAAGAAGUUCUUGGAUAUCCCAAAUGAGAGGGAACAGAGGUUAUUUGCUUGGGUUACUUCUCCCACUGAUCCUCACCAUGUUGAUGAUAUAAUGAAGUUGGUUUCUACUGGUGCCCCUGGUUUUUCGGGUGAUGUUAAAAGCUUUAAUUUUCUUUUUGAUUUAGUACGGAGUUGGGGUAAGCUUUCAUCUGCCUGGUAUAGCUAUUGUGUUGAUCCCGAAGGUUUCGAUGAUGAAUUGUUCAGUCAAAUCUUUGAGCAGUGUAAAAUUCAAAAUCUCCAUGCUUUGAAGAGCGUACUAGGCUUGUUGUGUUCUAGCUGUGAUAUGACUUCAACUCUUGAAGGGGAACGAAAGAGUUCUUUGAAAAAAGAGACACAAAGCUUGAAGAUUCAACCAUCCAUUUCCAAGAAGAAGAAAGGCAAGUAGGAUGAAGAGUCUGACAAUGCAAUUUUACGGUUAACCUUUUUAUUAGUGGUUUUGGACUUUUAGAUGGCUCUGACAGAUUGUUCCCCAUUUCUAUUGUGGGAUGUCUUGCAAAAUGAGUUCCAUUGUUAACCCAUUUAGUACUGAUUUUGCUAGUAAAUAUUUAGACUCCUUUAAUCUAUUGCAAUGUGGUAAUGUUCUCAGCUGUUAAUGUG